AUGAACUCUCUGGCAAAUAAUAAUAAGCUUUCUACUGAGGAUGAGGAAAUCCAUUCGGCAAGAAAAAGAGGCUAUAACGAGGAGCAGAACUACAGCGAGGCCAGGAAAAAGCAAAGAGAUCAAGGCUUGUUGUCACAAGAGAGCAAUGACGGAAAUAUUGACUCUGCUCUGUUGAGCGAAGGGGCUACGCUAAAAGGGACUCAAAGUCAGUAUGAAAGCGGACUGACGUCUAACAAAGAUGAGAAAGGAAGUGAUGACGAAGAUGCGUCAGUGGCUGAGGCUGCUGUUGCCGCUACCGUCAAUUAUACAGACUUAAUCCAGGGCCAGGAAGAUAGUUCUGAUGCCCACACAUCUAAUCAAACGAACGCGAAUGGUGAGCACAAGGAUUCCCUUAAUGGGGAAAGAGCCAUAACCCCAUCAAAUGAAGGAGUCAAGCCAAACACCUCCCUGGAGGGAAUGACGUCUUCACCAAUGGAAUCUACACAGCAAUCUAAAAACGACAUGCUCAUACCAUUGGCAGAACACGAUCGUGGGCCAGAACACCAACAGGAUGAUGAAGACAAUGAUGACGCUGACAUUGAUCUCAAAAAGGAUAUAAGCAUGCAGCCGGGUCGUCGUGGAAGAAAACCUACUACUUUGGCCACAACAGACGAGUGGAAAAAGCAAAGAAAAGACUCCCAUAAAGAAGUCGAAAGGCGUCGCCGCGAAAACAUCAACACUGCAAUCAACGUUUUAAGCGACCUCCUGCCCGUGAGAGAAUCAAGUAAGGCAGCAAUAUUGGCGUGUGCCGCUGAAUACAUUCAAAAAUUGAAAGAAACCGAUGAAGCAAACAUCGAAAAGUGGACGUUACAAAAAUUGCUUAGCGAGCAAAACGCAUCGCAAUUAGCCAGUGCAAAUGAGAAACUGCAGGAAGAACUGGGAAAUGCUUACAAAGAAAUCGAGUACAUGAAACGCGUUUUAAGGAAGGAGGGAAUAGAAUACGAGGAUAUGCACACUCACAAGAAACAAGAGAACGAAAGAAAAAGCACUAGGAGCGAUAAUCCACAUGAGGCUUGA